ACAUCAACUAGUUUUGCUACCUAUAACACAGUCGCGAACCGAACACGGCUCCGCCAACACAGACGCCGUCGUCCGUCGUCGUCGAUCCAUAGCCUCUUGUCAUGUUAUUAGAUGUAGCUUGAAUCUGAUACACUUUUUUUUUGUUUUCGAUCCGACCAGCAUUUCCCUAUUUUAUUUUUUUUUUGUUUGAACUUUUUCUUUUGUUUUGGUUUUGUUUUAUGUUUUUGUUUGUUUCUUUUUUUUUUUUUUUUUGAAAGGGUUUUUAUUUGACUCUUUCUGCUUGGGGGUUGAUUAGCUUGAUCUAGUUGACACACUUGAAAAUCCUCCUAGCUCUUCUUUUUUGUAGCUCUCGAGAGAUUGAGGAGUGGCAACUGAUUACAGAAGUCCACGUCAACAUCCUACAGGCUAUAUCCUAUAUGUGGAGGCUGCGCGCUGGUUUGGAAGACGAUUCAUCUGAUUGACUGCGAAGAACCAACAAGAGCGAAACAUCUUCUGUCUUUCUUUAACGGAUGUUUCUACGAUGAGGCGCCCCAUGUGGAAGAUUCACUGCAUGACGGUUGUCUUCCUCACCGGAAUCAAUUUUUAUUUGCUCGUCAAACUGCUUCAUUGCGCUGAAAAGGGUAACGAUCACAAUCGAACGAGCCUUGCAGAAUCCUCUUCCAGCGGCAUUUUCGGAUGGUAUCCGGGCCAGCACGGUCACAGCCGUUCUCAAUUGGACGUGCAAGUGAAAGGCAUUUGGAAGACCCUUCAACUGGCGGAGCGCCGGGCGAAGAUACAUCAACAACAACAUCCUCCUGCGGGAGUCAAGAAUCACGUUAGAAGUUCGUGGGGAAAUGAUAAUGACAAAUCCUGGUUAAAAGAGCCGGACGUGAUGUUGGAUAGUUCCACGCUGGAUUUGCAGCUGGGUCGUUGGGACGAUAGUCGUAGGUUCGUCAUUAGGGAUUUCGCCGUGACUGGACAUCAGUUCCACAGUACGGCCGUGAGCCACAACGUUUGUUUGGCGACACAGUCGUCCCUUGACCGACUACAUUGGCUGGGCGAGUCGGCAGAUCAUUGGAGAGGUGCCAUUUCGUUUGCUAUUUACUUGGACGACGAAGAGGUCAGCAUUUUCAACAAAGUAUUAACACACAUGCGACGGUGUCAUCCCGAUCUGCUGGCCAACAUCGCAUUUCACGUCAUUUCAUCUCCUGGCCAAUCUACGGCCCUUCCGGCCGCCUUUUCCGCUACUCUAUCUUCAUCUUCCGGCAGCAAAUUCUGGACGGAAACGGAAGAUGGUGAAGAUAGCAGUUUCGGUUCAACAGCCAACUGUACCGGUCCAGCGGAGGCUCUCACCUGGUUGCUGAAAGAACGGCCGUCUCUCAGCGCCAAGUGGGAAUCUGGCCGUCCGUACCCGCAGAACUUGAUGCGUAACGUGGCCCGCAAAGGCUGUCCCAGCACUUAUGUUCUGCUCCUGGACGUCGACGUCAUCCCAUCGUACAACAUGGCCGAGUCGUUGGUUGAGUUCCUUGACCGGCCGACAGUGGCCGCUCACUGCCCAAAGUGCGCGUUUGUCGUCCCGACUUACGAGCUGGACUAUUCGGCCGAUUUCCCUCAGAACAAGUCGCAACUCCUGGCGUUGGAGACGCAGGGCCGUGCUCAACCAUUCCAUCACAAGGCCUUCCGCUACAACCAGUUUGCCAGCAAUCUGACGAGAUGGCGCCAGACUUCUGAAACGGACCAAGUGGUUGUGAGCCACAACGUAACCAACUACGAAUUCUUUUACGAGCCAUUCUACAUCGCCCGAGACGAAGCUCCGCCUCACGACGAACGCUUUUUAGGGUACGGCUUUACGAGAAAUACUCAGGUGUAUGAAAUGGCGUUAUCUGGUUGGAGCUUUCACGUGCUCAGUCCCAUUUUCACUAUCCAUUGGGGCAUGCAAAUGAAACAGCGACGGCCGGCGUGGAGGAAAAAUCAAAUGGAUCGCAAUCGAAGGCUGUUCGACGUCAUCCAUCACGAGCUGAAAGCCAAAUACGGUUUGCUUAACAAGAGCCCAGUCCGAUGGCAUCCGAAACCUGGAGCCUCAAGCGGCAGCGGUCGAUUAAACAGCGAUGUCAAGCACCAGCAUCCGCUAUUCGCCGCGGCUAAAUCAGCCGCACGCACUUCCAUCUGAUUACGACAAAAUACUCGACGAUAAAGGUGUGUGUAAAGCUGCUGCCGUUUUUAUUCUAACCCCGCCUAUUGUUCUGAUUCAAACCUCAUAAUCAAUAACAUUUCCAAACUCAACUUGACCUCAUCCAUCCAAUUUCUUGCUCUCGUCCCAACCAAGUGAAAUGCUAUUAUCUAUUAACACUUCGUUUUUUGUCAAAGUCCUUAUGCGAGCAACGAGGCACGAAGCAUUGUGGGCGUUUUUAGUUUCCUUUCCUGUACAUUGUCAUGAUCAAAAGAAUUUUUUCAUUUAAACUGCAACUUCGUCGUUUCGAUGGCCAUUUUCAACCGAAGUUUUCUGCUAGAUCUUGCAACAAAAUUCUAGCUAAAAACAAAAGUCAUAUUCCCUUUGUCUCAAAAAAUUUUUUUUUUUUUAAAAGGAAGGUCAUCCAAUUAUUUCUGUGUUGCUUGGACAGCGAGACGUGCGUCAGUGACUCCAGUCGAAUGUCAUUUAAAAAAAAAAAAAACGAAUAUCUCUCCAGAAAAACUAAGGGUCUUUUCAUUUUUUUUUUUUUUUUUGACUAUUUUUCUUUCUACUUAACAUAACAAUGGAUAAAAUGUAAGAAAACAUUAACAAGCAACGGUAAUUCUUUACUAUAUUUCAUACGAUUUGACUCAAUUUGAUUAAACGUUGAUAUUAUAUAGUGCAAAACAAAUCGAUCCACCGACAGAUCGCCAGGCCAAAUUGAAAUAAUUACAAACUUUUCGUGUCAUCCGACAAAAUUUCAUUAACCUAAGAUAUAAAAUAUCUUUUAACUGAAUUGUCUCCUGUGUACGUGUAUCCUUUGUAAUCCAUUCAUGUUUUUACAACUCUAUGACUGCACAAUGAGAAAUAAGCAAAUUGCCAUGUCUAUGCGA